UGAAUGUCCUUUUUCGAGUACGAGUAUAUUUUAAAACGUAAACGAAGAAUUUAUUUUGUGAGAGUGGUUCGUGGUAACAAGUAAAAACAACGACUUUGGAAAAUCCGAAACCAGUUGUAAGUUGUAACUCGUGCUGCAUUUCUUGUACACUCUUUCUCUCAUCAGUUGUCCAACAACCUAGAAAGCCCACCAAAGCGAAGAGAAACAUCACCUCCCACCUAACUCAGCUAAAUGAUGAAGGCGUCGUUCAAGGCUAGAUACGAGCCCGACAAAGCGGCCACCGCCGCCACCGUUUCCGUCAACGCCGGAGACUUCAAGCUUCGCGCCUCCCUCACCGAUGCCACCGUCGUCAACGGCCCCAGCUUGAACGGCCUAGCUCUCGCCGUCGAGAAACCCGGCUUCUUCAUCGUAGACUACAAUGUUCCCAAAAAAGAUAUUAGGUUUCAGUUCAUGAAUAGUAUUAGAGUGGCGGAGAAGCCGUUGAAUUUGACUUACAUUCACAGCAAAGGCGAGGGGCGGACGAUAUUGGAUGGGGCUUUGGUUAUUGAUUCAGGCAAUAAGGUUUCGGCAAAUCAUGUGCUCGGCACCGGAAAUACGAGGCUCAAGUAUACUUAUGUACAUGGAGGGCUGACAACUUUUGAGCCGAGCUAUGAUUUGGGGAAGAAUGCGUGGGAUUUUGCUGUUAUGCGCAAGGUUUACGGGGAUGAUGUAUUCAGGGCUACCUACCAAACAUCUGCUAAGAAUUUGGGGCUUGAGUGGAGCCGGAGUUCGAAGCAGAAUGGUUCGUUUAAGAUUAUAGCAUCCGUCAAUUUGGCAGAGGAACAAAAAAUACCAAAAAUAUGUGCCGAAACUACCUGGGACUUUGAGAUGUGAUCUCCUCACUUCUGCUGCAGGGGAGCAAGGAUCUUGUCACAGAUAUCAUGUAUUUUUAACCUUCACUUUUAUAGUGUUUCAUUUUGCAGUGAGCUGGCUGACAAUUUGCAGCAAACUUUUAGCCACUGUAAUCCUCUCAAUUCCAUCAAUUUACACUAUGAAUAUCACCUUACAACUUUUGCCAAUUGCAUGAGAAGUUCACUUGCUUUGUUAA